AUGAAAGCGAAACGAGAAACAACAACAAGGACAGAGAACGCAACAAAGCGAAACGAGAGACGGCAACAAGGACUGAGAACGUACCAAAGAAACAACAAGAAAGGAGCAACAAGAACGAGACAGAGAAAACAAGAUAGGAAACAUGAAAGCAAACGAAAAAACGUAAAAGGACAAAAACGCAAACAAACAGAAGACGCAACAAGCAAAGAAACAAAAGAAAAGAACAACAGAAAGGCAAAAAAGGAUGAAACAAAGAAAGAAAAAAGCAAACAAACACAAAAAGAACAAACAACAAACGAAGAAACAAACAAGGAAACGAAACCAAAAACAAAACAGAAACAACAAAGAGAAGAACCAAGCAAAGAAAGACGAACAAGCAAGACAGACAACAAGAACGAAAGCAACAAGAAGAAAACGAAACGAAAACAACAAGACACGAAAAACAAGAAUGAAACAGCAACAGAACGAAAAAAAACGAAACAAAAACGAACGAACAACCAAAGCAACAGAAACAAGAGGAACAAAACCAAAGAAAAGAACAACAAACAGAACAAACGAAAAAAAAAACAGAAAUACAAGACAGAAAGAACGACAACAAACGAACAGAAAGCAACAAACAAGAGAGAACAACAACAAGAACAAAGAAGAAACAAGACAAUGAACAACAAAGAAAACGAAAACAAAAAGAAAGAACGAACUAAACAAACUAAAAGAGGACUAGAAAAAGCAAAAGAAACAAGACAGAAACAACAAGAAAUGAGAAAAAAAAACGAAACAAACGAAGACAAAACAAGAAGAGAACGCAACAAACAAAACAAAGAGACCAACAAACGAAAAGAGAGAAAACAAAAAAACAAAAGAAAAAAGAAAGGAACAAAAAAACAGAAACAAAAAAAGACAGAAAACGAAAAGCAAAACGAAGAACAAAAAAAGAAAACGAAAACGAAAGACAAAAAACGAAACGAAAGCAAACAAAAGAAAAACUGA